UGUCAUCCGACGCUAGCAUCGCAGCCGCAAAAAGGCCGCACGCGGACUAUACGUAGUUACUCGCGACGCGCGGACCUCUUGAGAACCGUCCGGCCCACAUCCGUUGCAUCCGCAGCGAAAUCAGCGCCCUCAGCCGGGCGUAACCCUUUUGCCACUAAAAAGGCUUCCUCGGCCGCUCGCGCAAGCCGCACGCCAGCCGCCGAGCAGCAAAACCAUGGACGCUGCCGGCCGCGCCCAAUUGCUCUUCGCCAUCCUGCUGGGCAUGGGCGUGACGGGAUUCCUCUUCUUGUGCGUCUCCGCGUCGACGUGCGGCGCGUGUUAUGUGGACCCGUGCGUCCAUCCGCCCGGUUUGAAGACGCUGUACAAGGUCAACUCGUCGCUAUGCUUCGCCGGCGUCAGUUCAGGCAUGUUCUUCUGCUUCCUGAGCGGCUGGGGCGCUCUACUCACCCUACGACGAAGAGCUUCUGUUAUGGGCUUCGGUCAUUUUUUCGGAUCGUGUUGCGUGUCCUUUCUCGUGGCCGUGCAAGCGGCGGGCAUGUGGGGCGCGGAAGCGACGUUGCUCGAGGAGUUCGGCGCCCGCAAAAUCUACGAGGAGGCCAUCGUCGAUGGCAUGUGCGGACUCGGCGUCCCGUCGUGUGGAGGCGCCUUCACGCCAUCGAUGCGACUCGUGUCCAUCUCACAAUGAAGUGGGUGGUUUCUUUUUUGAUUUUGAGGCCAUUCGGACCGCGUCGAGACCGCGAUGCUCCGCGCAGGUACGAGCAGGUCCGCGUACGGCCGAACAAGGCCCUGCACAAGGCGUGUCGGUUCUUAUUCACGACGGCGGUGUUGAUGUCGCUUGCUUUGAUGGCAUUAGCACCUUUGUACUUUUUAUCUAGAGAUGUUUAUGAAGAUAGCGACGACGGCGAGCGGGCGGCGGACUCGCUGCGAGAGCAAGCGGCCAACGUCGCCGCUCGGGCGUCGCGGAACCGCCACAUCACGUCCUACAAUCCCAUUGGUGUUGAUAGAAGUUACGGUGGCGACGACGAGCGGCAGCACCUCGGCAGGGCCGCUUUACCCUUGCGGCCGAUGAAGAAGGCUCCCCCUUCCGAAGAGCCGGAAGGAGGCGUGUAAUAUACCACAAGUUAUUGA